CCACUAGUUUACCUUUGACUCCUGUUUCAGCAUCAUUUUGCGUCAUUUUACCGGGAUCGUGCGUCUCCUACCGGCUCAUUCGGAGGUUUUCCAUUGGUCAAAGCAUUCCCACGUUCAUAUGCUAGUAAGGGAGUAAACUUGCAAGAUGGCGGUACGGUGGGGCACAGGCGAGGAGAAUUUAACGACGUGCAAUAUGGAUUUUUUCCCUUUGGAUACACUUGGCGCGGCUCCUGAAAUGUGCUCCGGAGAACCAUCUGAGGCUCUUCAAAGCUGCUUGGACCCCUCCAUCCUUUCCAUCUUUGACACGCCGUCUGUCGAGACGAAAGGACUAGACGAAGACAGUGAAGCCACACUGUUAACCGCUCUUGCGGACAUACUGGACAAUAUGGACGAUGAGAACCUGUCUCCGUUUGACAUGCUGCCUGAGUCGGACCUGAUGUCGGGUCAGGGCAGGGAACACUCGCCGCUCAGGAGAUUACUCUGUCUGCCGCAGUCCUCUCCAGAGAAAGACUCGUUUUGCUCAAGACCACUAUCAACUGGAAAGAACCUCCCCAAGAUGAGACAUUCAUUGCAAAGAAGUGACGGGGAGGAAGAAGAUGCUGGGUCUCUUACUCUGAGCCCACUGAGGCCCAGUUUACCUUCUGAAUGCACUUUGGAAGACUUAGGUGGUCUAAGUUUUCCGUUUCCUGUCACCAUUGAGCAGGACGGUGGUGAUGACCUUUCAGUCAAUCUGCGUGACUUGGUCAAACACAUGCAUCCAUACUGCAUGACGAUUUGCAUGGAGGAUGAUGAAGGCUCGCAGAUGUUACCUGCAGGGGGAAUCUUACUGGAGGUGGUGGAUCAGGGUGAAAAUGGAGAGCCUAUCCUCGCUGUCCAAGACCUCCCAGUUCCUCUACCAAUCGAAGAGUCUCACAAUAAUAAGCUAAGGGCAGAAGAUGAGGAAGAAGUAGCUUCUGACAGCUCUGAGCAUAUUAUUGUUGAUGAUGAUGAUGAUGAUGAAGCAUUCGCUCAGGCUCCGGUGAGAAAUCCAAAUAUAUGUUCAGAUGGGAAAGAAUGCAAUAAGAUUAACAAACAGAAAGAAGGCACCAUCGCAAGAAUCCCCUCUCAUCGGAAAAGGAAAAAGAAAUGUAAGAAACAUUGCCCACCUGUCGAGGGAAGGGUCCUCAGGAGUGCCGCGGCGAGAAAUAAAAUAAAAGAAUUACCCCAGAAGUCUGAAAAGAGGCGACUCAAGGAACAGAAGAAGAACAAAGUACCAAAAGCUGUAGCUGGUCCUGUAACUCCUUCUGUAGAACCUAUGGAUAGCAUUCCACAACCUUGUGAAUCACCAGCUGAAAUCCCCACUAUGACCGCUGAAUCUAGCAAGAAAGCUGUUGUGUCGUUUGUGUCGCCACAGCCUACAGGACUUUUAAAAUCUGGCGUUUCUGAAAGUCCAGCCCAAGCAGUCUACUCCCAACAACCGGAUAAAAUGUCCCAACAAGUGUCCCAAUCUCCUGAUGAGCUCUCCAGCCAAUCAUCCCCGAUGUCCUCCAGCAACCCAGCAGCUGCUCCAAACUUCACAUUGACCGUAGAUGAGCCCCUCCCGCCUGAGACUCCUGCAGCUCCAGAGCCAAAGCCCAAGUCCCUCAGUCUGGCUGAGUACCGACAACUGCGGUUGCAGAAGAAACCUGUUGCAGUGGAUAAACAAGGCGACAAUAGCACCAAGUGGCCCAGCCUUCCGGAGCCGCCCAGAGAAUUACUUCCUAUCCCCUGCUUGCCUCAACCCAGCCCAAGAGACCCUCGGUGGCCCACCUUCCAGGCUGCAAAAAAGUCAGUUGAGGUCAAACCCGCCUGGCAACCCCGUGGACCCUGCGCCCCACCUACCCCUGAGGCACUAUUAGUGCCGCCCGCUUAUAUGGUCGCCUCAACCAAAAAAGCUGCUAAUGCUGUCCCUGCACAACAAAAAGUCUCAAGCCAAUCAACAGACAAAGGUCCGAAACUGUCAGAAGAUAAGACAGAAGUCACUGAGCGGACACCACAGCUUGUCAAAACUACCACAGAGACAAUCCAGUGCACCUCUGCUGCUACCGUUUCUGUUCCCAGUCCUCUGCAGACAACCCUAGUUGGCCAGAAUGUGCCUGAGGUCAUUCCUUGCUCCACGCCUUCCUCAAAGAAUCGCAGCACAUCUACAAAGGCCCUGAUAACAAAUGCCAAAUCUUGUUCGACUCCUUUCCUUCAUCCCAUGGCAUCAUCAAGUCUUAAAUCAAAACUUGUGUUGAAACCAAAACCGCUAGUCACAGCACAAACUGAAGCUCCAAAGGCAAAGAGUCCAACACAGGAAUUGAUUGAGUCCUUCACCACUGAAAUGGGUAUUGAGGCAGCUGAUCUGACCAGCCUGCUGGAGCAGUUUGAGGAAACACAAGUCUCCCGUUCUCCUUAUCUCUCUUCAGCCAGAGAGCAACAAAGUAUACCGGAGGUCUGUGGUAGAGCAGCAGCUGUAGGAAACUCUAGUGUCGGACUUCCACGUGAAAAAACUGUUGUGGAGCGUGUCACUGAUCUCUCAAGCCCGGCAGCUUUGACUCCUCCAGCCACUCCUCCACACCAGAUGUGGAAACCUCUGGCCCCUGUUGCUCUGCUGGGAAAGGCCAGGCCCACAGAGUCAUCCAAAUCAAACCCCUCCAAGGCUAUUCAGAUCGAGGCCCGCCCUUUGACCUCAGCCAGAUUCCGUGCCAAGCCCACUGCAGCUCCCGCCACUGUGCCUUACAGUGUGGUGUGCAUGGAUCACGACUACUGCCUACCCAGCAGAGACGCUUCUUCUGCUGGUGAAGCAGGCAACCGCUGGAAUGUCAAACAGCAAAUCACAAUUAAACCCAUAAGGAAUCUCGCUACAGCCACUACAGGGCCCCCAUGCAUCCAGGAGACCACCUACCAGUCAAACCCAAAUUCGCAGGUAUCUUCACCAACUCCAGAGGCUUUGAAUAAUGGCAUCGAUGGGAUAGCAGAAUCCUCUGUUCUGGAGACUCCGGAAGCUUCUCCAGCGCGUCAGGAGAGCGAAUCGGCCGAAAGAACUCUUAGGAAGAAGUCUUUUGAGAGGUCGUAUCGUUGGCAUCCUGCCUCUUGCAGUCCCAGCCCCAAACGGAGGGGACGAAAACGAAGAUCCCAACGUUCACCAUCUGUUUCCAGCAGCAUCGAGUCUGAUUCGCACUCAUCUCGAUCUCGAUCUCGGUCAAGAUCCCACUUGCCAUCUAAGAAAAGGUUUCAUCAUAGCCGCUCUCGCAGCAGAUCCAGCUCUUCAUCUCGUUCGUCUUCACGGUCCUCCGUAUCCCGCUCUCCUCCAAGAAGGAGAAAAUACUCAUAUUCCUCCUCUCACUCUGGUUCUUGGAGUCGCUCGAGAUCGCGGUCUCAAUCGCCCCAAAGACAAGUGCCAUGGAGGAAAAAGAGAUCCAUACAUAGUCCUUCAUAUCAGAGGAGAUAUGGGUACGCUGCUGAGGAUGUGAAGUCUCGCAAGGACAAAGCCAUUGAGGAGAGGCGGGUUGUUUACAUUGGUCGAAUUCGAGGCACAAUGACCCAAAGGGAGCUCAGAGAGCGUUUCUCCUACUUUGGAGAAGUGGAGGAUUGCACUCUGCACUUUAGGGAACAAGGGGACAACUACGGGUUUGUGACUUACUACGACACCAAGGAUGCUUUCACUGCCAUUGAGAAUGGUAACAAGCUGCGUAAGGCUGAUGAGCUGCCAUUUGAUCUGUGCUUUGGUGGAAGGAGGCAGUUCUGCAAAACCACCUAUGCUGACCUAGAUUCUAACAGAGACUAUGACCCGGCAUCUGCUAAAGGCAAGGUGAAGACACUAGACUUCGACACUUUACUAAAGCAGGCGCAGCGGAGUCUGAAGAGGUAACAGGAGGCUGCCGCAGGGAGCAGAAAACACUUACCUCAAGAGCAAAACUUGUCUUUUCAGUUUGUUGUGGCAUUUGUUUUAUUUUGUUUACAUUUUGUUUGGGCAAGUCUAAUACCUUCUAUUGAAGAGAAGAUUUAUAAUUAAGAGUAAAAGAAGCUUAAAAAAAUGAAACAAUUUUAAAAUGUUUAUUUAAACAUGUAAAACCAAAAUUAAGUGUUUGGAGAGAAUCACUUUUAAAGAGAAAAAUAAAUGGGGCUCCUUAAAUGUUGGAUGAGGAUGUAAUACAUUGAAAUGUACUGCAAUCAAUUAAAAACAGGAACCUGAA